GGAUUGGCGUGUGUGUGUAUGGUUUUGCGGCAUCUGAGUAUUUAACUGGAGUAUUUGACCAUUAGUGAAACAGUUUAUUCCUCACAGAGGAGUGAAAUAGAUUAAAGUGAUUUGACUAACAAAAAAAAAAAUAAGUCAGCCACUAACGAGUGUCCUUGCCACAAAGUUGAAGGACAUAAGAAGACUUUUUUAAAACGCGGGCGUUUUAAGUGAAAAGAAAAAAAAGAAAAUUAAAACUUAGCAAAAUUUAAACAAAAAAAACAAAUUAAAUGACCCGGGAGCCAUGCGGAUCCAGCGGAGUCUAGUGUUAUCAGCGUUUAGUGUCUUACUGAUAGGCACCACCCUCAUCCAUGGUAAGGCCUUACCAGAUCCCAAACCCCAACCCAUUCUUCCACAACCUCAACCGCAACAACAACAACUGCAACCUCAAAUUCCCAAAAAUGCCGUCGCCAUUGAUCAGCAAACCUCCGAAUCACAAAUCUCACAAGUUGCCCAGCAGAGGAUAGAUCUUGGCGAGGAGUAUCAUCACCAUCACCAUGAACAUCAUCACGAUCCAGGCUAUUGGAAAAAGAAAGUCACAUGGAAAGAGGGAUGGAAGAAAAUCUGGAAGCCUGCCAAGAAACAAAUUUGGAUACCCCAGUGGAAACAGAUUUGGAAACCUGUUUGGGUUCCCGUUAAAGUUCCCGCCUGGAAAGAGGUGAAAGUACCGGCAUGGAAACAAAUUUGGAAACCCGUGUGGAAGGAGAUACAAGUGCCGGCUUGGAAAGAGAUUCAAGUGCCCGAUUGGAAGAAAAUCUGGAAACCAGUUUGGGUGCCCACCAAGGUGCCAGCCUGGAAAGAUAUACAAGUACCCGCCUGGAAACAAAUUUGGGUGCCGGUGUGGAAAGAGAUACAAGUUCCGGCCUGGAAAGAAAUCCAAGUACCCGAAUGGAAACAAUAUUGGACACCGGAAUGGAUAAAGGUGGGCAUACCAGGUGAAAAGUAUCUGGGCAAGGAUCACGAGGGUUGGGAAUACACCAGCCAUGAUUUGUGGAAAAAGAAAUUGGUAUGGAAAUCGCAUUGGAAGAAAAUCUGGAAACCGGCCAAGAAGCAAAUAUGGGUGCCCAGCAAGAAACUGGAAUGGAAAGAAGAAUGGAAACAAAUUUGGAAACCGGGUAAGAAACAAGUCUGGGUCGAUGACAAAAAACUCGAAUGGAAGGAAGCCUGGAAACAGAUUUGGAAACCAGCCAAAAAACUAAUUUGGGUACCAGACAAGAAACUCGAAUGGAAAGAGUCAUGGGUACAAAUUUGGAAGACGGAAAAGAAGGAAACCUGGGUGGAAGACAAGAAACUGGAAUGGAAGGAGGCAUGGAAGCAAAUCUGGGUACCUGGCUGGAAAGAGGUUUGGGUGCCCGACUGGAAAAAGAUCUGGAAGCCGGUUAUUAUUUCCGAAUGGUUCCCCACACCAGAUCAUCAUGAUCACCACCAUCACGAGGUGGAACAUCACCAUGAGCUGGAACAUGGUUGGGAUCGCAAGGACUCGAAAAGCGAUAAGGUGGUGUGGAAACGAGACGAAAAUUCAGUUAACGCCAAUGGUGGCGCGGCCAAUGGCAAUGUACAAAAAUCCACCCAACUACAGCCAGUACAAACCAGGGAUUUCCAACAGAAACCCAUUGAUACAAUACAAAAGGAAUCCUCCAAAGCAUUUAAAUUUCCUGGAGCGUAAACAACGAAGGCAUAAAGUCAAUAAAUAGUUUCUAGGAAAUUAGGCCAUUUUUUCUGAGUGCCUUUCGCAGGCAUUUUCUUCUUUGUACAUAAUGCAAGAUUUCAUUUUUCCACAGUUUCUUUUCCCAACUUACUCUCUUUCCAUUCUGUCUUACUGAUUCUCUCUCAGUCUCUUUCCUCUCUUUAUAAAUGCUAUAACACUUACUCUGCUCUGCU